UGGCAGUAUCUGACAAGCAUGCAGAUAUACUACACUGGAGAAUUGCUCCAUUCUUGUCUUCACAGUACAGCAGUAAUAUUUGUCGUUUUUUGCAGAGGAUUAAGAAUAUAUGCCAGUGGGUAUUGUGAAAUGGUGCGUCUACAUGUGUUGUAGCACCACUUUUGUUCAGACCAGUAUACCAACACCACUGCAUAGAUACUAAAUGUUGGUCACGUGCCUACGGAGUUUCCCCAUUAUAUGCUAACACGAAAGAGGCAGAGUCGAUGUGGUUGCUUUAAAUCUACAAUGGGUAAUUGUGUUUGUUUUAUGUUUAGUUUGACAGCAACCUCCAGUUGAGAGUGGCAAUAAACAACUUGAAGGCCCCUUUUUUGAAGAAUAGCAAUUGACCAGAAAUAUCAACUUCCCGACCGACCCACAGACCGAAUGACUGACCGAUCCACCGACACACUUAUCGAGCCCACCAACUGACCCCCUUCGAUUGACCAACUGACCGACUCACCGACCGACGCUAGAGAUGUUUGAAAACAAAAGGGCUGACCUCCAGUUCAAUCCUGGGCACGGGUUCUCGAGAAUUUCCCAUGUGUUCUGUUUUGAACAACAUCUUCACUCACAUGUGAGGGUAUAAUUUAUGUUUUUUCCAAGGCCACCAAAAAGAUAAUCCAUUCCAAGUCGGCCUCAUUACAAUGAAAAUUUCAUAAAUGUUUCGAUUCUCUUGUUGACCACGCCGCCGUACGGUUUGUCUCGUGUCCCGAUUAAGAGUCUGGUGAAUGUUUCCGCAAGCAUUUCCCGUCUUACACUCUGGCGUCGGGGGGCAAGUGGAUCACAGCCCAUUUGUGAGGAUUUAUCUGUUUAAUAAGUGUUGACUGUGGCACUGCGCGCUGUCCUCUGGGUCACGUAAUGACCGUCUCCUGUCGACACUAAAUACCCCGAUGCUGAGCCUAAAUGGCCUCGUGUCCAGCCUCCAUCCCGUCCCCCGCUCCUAUUAGCACCGCAGUAUCUUUCUCCAGCUCUCCUGAGGUUCGACGGCAUCUCGACAUGUUGUAUAAAAGACGCUAAGGCAGGUCAGUGCCUCUCAUCCUGCACGAAAGAGGAAAGUCUUCUUCUUGGUCCACUCGCUGAAAAAAAGAUGGACGCGGGUGCAGCGGUGACCAUUUCAGUAUUGCUGUUGGCCCUGGCGGGCGUCAGUCAUGGGCUUCAUGUUGGAGCCACUUUGGAGGACCUUGAAGAUACGGCACCGGGCAGCUCAGAGGACAACAUGGACAACCACUUGCUGGAGCUGGAGAGCGUCAAAGUAGACAGCAGCGUGGAUAAUCGUCUGCUGACUGCGCUGCUCCGAGCUCUGUUGCUGGGCUCCCACAGAGAAGCCCGCAACUCUAUCCUCCAUCAGCCACAGAGGUUCGGUCGCUCGUCCCGAGGGCCGCUCGUGUUGGAAGAUCACAUCAACUCGCCCGAGUGGGAGGAGGCUCCUGGCCAGAUCUGGAGUAUGGCGGUGCCCCAGAGGUUUGGCAAGAAAUAAUAGCGUGCUCCAAGGAGGACGCAAGGAAGACGAGGGGGACCGGUGAAAUGCAAAUGGAAAAUCUCUUGAAAUCGUACAUAUAUUUAGCUAAAAAAAUAAGCUUUUCUUUUCUUC